AUGGGUAGUUUUAAAGGCCAUGCAUUGCCUGGAAGUUUCUUCUUGAUCACAGGCCUGUGGUGGGCAGCAACAAAACAGACAUUUUUGUACACCACCCGCAGGAAUAAAAGUGCUGGUGUGGGUAGACUUGCAUCUCGAGCUAUCCAGUGCCGCAUAGAAGAAUGUGAGUUUGGAUUUCUGUUUCUUGACCAUCUUAAUGGUAGAGAUAUGCUUGAUGUCCAUGUGCACACUCUUCUCCUCUAUGCCAUCUUUGGACAAGCUUUCAUCUGCCUUCUGGAGGUUUUCCACAGAGGUAAUAUUCUACUAGAACUGCUCCGAGCCACUCUCACUGUACGACAGGGCAGCUGGUUCUGGCAGAUUGGCUUUGUGCUGUACCCACCCAGUCAAGUGAAAUGGGAUCAGAUAGACCAUGACAACGCUAUCUUUGUCACAUUAUGCUACUGCUGGCACCUAGCGUUUGCAUUGCUCACUGUAGCUAUAGUUUACUUGUCUGUUCUCUGUGCUGUGCGUUCCAGACUAAGGAGGAUGCCACCCUUGGAAAUGGGGCUUUUGAAACCAAGGGAGAAAGAAGUAGAGUCUGAAGAUGAGAUUUUAUGAGUAUUUAUCAUCCUUACAUGUUCUAGCCAGCAUCCAAAUACAUUUGGACCUGAACCCAAAGAAAAGUAUAGCGACAGAGAGUGAGAGAUAGAUAUGAACAGAGAGGCAUUGUCACAAAAU